AAUCUUGUGGGGAGGGGUGACAGUGGGUGCUGGAAGUUGAGGAAAUCCAAGUAAAUUAAGGAGGCGGCGGCGGCAUUGGCAUUGGCAUUAAUCGACUGAGGGGGGCAGUGAAGCUGGGUAGCUUUGAUUCUAAGUAUAAACAUGUUGGAUCAAGAGCAUCUAAUAAACUUAUUGCGGAAGGAACUGAGGUCACUGCUGAUGCCAAUCAAAGAAGGCCUUCUCCUUGACCAGUUACAAACGGAAUAUAGGUCCAUGAUAGGCAGUGAACUUCCAUUUCGUGCCCUGGGUUACCGAUCUGUUAUGGAACUAGUAGUGGAUAUGCCUGACGUUGUUCAGAUAUGCCCAAGAGGAGAUGGCACGGUUGUUCUCAAAGUUAUUGCAGAUGAGUCCACCAAAAGGAUUGCAAGCUUGGUUGCCAAACAGAAGAAAAGGUCUAAAUCACAUCUUUACAAAUCAGGGCCGAAUUCCGUCUCUGGUUCCACGUCCCUCCGAACGUCUUUAAGCUUGCCUCGAAGGGGCCGGGUCCCUCCUACUCUGCCAGCAGUAGUAAAAAGUGAGCUGAAGGAACUGCUGAGGUCUUCGCCUGUUCUGCUGUCAGAUUUUGACAAAGCCUUUGUUCAGCGAUUUGGACGGAAGUUUGAAUUUGUGCGUUAUGGGUUUUUCUCUAUGUCUGAGGUGCUGCAUGCGGCUUCAGAUAUCAUCACAAUUGUGCAGACAAGGGCAGGCUCCCAGAUGACCCUAAAAAAGAGCCCUUUGCUAAAGAAACAGCCAGGAAAUCUGCCCCUGUGCAAAGUAAUGACCCAACCACAUAAAACACAGCAGACCUCACCUACUCCUGUGCCAGCCUCUGCAGUGAAGACACCUUCUGCAAUACUUGACUUGCCUACAGAGAACCGAAGUCUGACUCCAAACCCGGGAUCUGAUACUUUGAUAGUGCAGCCAAAACUGGAGGAACCCCCACUGGUGAAAGCUGCUGAGAGGAUGAAACAACUAGAGAGAGAGAUCAAGGCGGCACUUGUACAGAAAGGACCUGGGGGGACAAUUAGUGCUGAACUCAAGGAAAAAAUCAGAAUGAUUGCAGCACAGCACCCAGAAGGCUUGCUUGUUUCCAAAUUACCUGGUGAAUUUGAGGUACAUUUUAAAGAAUCACUGCCAGUAAGGAAGCUGGGUUUCCUAAACCUGAUGGAGUUUGUUGGUGCCCUUAAUGAUGUUCUUCAUAUUGAAUACAAGAAGGGUGAACAAGACUGCCUUAUAUUUGACAUUGAUUCACUGUGUUUAACAGAAGAUUCACCAUUCGCUUAUCCACGGUCAGAUGAACAUGCAGAUGAGAUCACCUUGCCUGGUUCAUUAUCAAACAAGGAGGCUUCUGAUGGGCGUCAGCUGCCUUGUUGGGAUUUUCCUAUGGAAGAGUCUAAGAGCCUGGAGACUAAGUUCAAUGUAGUAACAAAGAUGGUGACACCGCACAUGGAUAUGAAGGAACCUCACAUUAUGCAGGAAAUAAUGGAGAAGGAAGUUCCACCAGAUGUCAUCCAGGACAGAAGUCUUUAUAGUCUCCCACUGCUGGGCAGCAGUGCUCUGAUAGGGCUGUUUGUGGAGUACAUUGUAUCUCCCUCUCAAUUCUAUGUUCGAAUCUACAGUAUGGAAGCAUCUGAGAAGCUGGAAGACAUGAUGAUUGAGAUGAGACGAUGCUAUUCUAGUAAAAAUGUGGCUGAUCGUUACAUCAUGCCUGAAGACUCAAUCUGGCCUGGCCACCUCUGUUGUGCAAGAAAUUCCGAAAACAAAUGGUGGUACCGAGUUAUCAUUCAUAGAAUCCUCAAUGAUCAAGAAGUAGAAGUGUUUUAUCCAGACUUUGGAAAUAUGGCGGUAGUCCAGAAAUCUUCUCUGAGGUUUCUCAAGUACAGCUAUGCAAAGCUUCCUGCCCAGGCUAUCCCUUGUUCCUUGGCCUGGACGAAACCUGCAGAGGGUGAUUGGACUGUCAGUGCCACACUUGAAUUCCAAAAGUGGUGUGAGUUGAAGCUGCUGGUGGGAGUGGUGGAUGAAUAUAUAGAUGGAGUCCUUCAUCUCUUCCUCUGUGAUACCAGCUCUGAUGAAGACAUCUACUUGCACAGUGUACUGAGAUUAGAGGGCCAUGCACUCAUCUGCCGAGAAAACAUUCCUUCCAAGGGUUUCAGAGAGCUAAAUCCUUCCGCUUUGUAUUUGAAGCCCAGCCCAGAGCAGCAGAUUGGUUUGACAGAAGCAGACACUUCCCUGCUUUGGCAGGGACCUGUUUGUGAUCUCUCAGGAACAACUGAUUUGGAGCCUUGCAAGGAUGAUGUGCUUUUCCAGAGAUUUGAUGGGAAUUGUGACUAUUUGACAUCUUCGGAACCCAGUCAUUUGCAGGGACAUGGCUGCUUCGCAGAUUCUUCUUCAUACGACUUUCAGGAAAAAGCUAAUGAAAAUUCCAAGCUAGAACCAAAGGAACAGGUGUUCCAGCCUAAGAUGAAAGAGGCAGUUGAUACAGCAGGCCCUGAGAUGCCAUACCUUGAACCAGUGUACUUAUGCACAGAAAUCUGGGAUGAGAACUUGAUACCUCUGCAGUACUUGAAAGAAAAGAAAAAUGGCGAGACUAGUGAUGAUUUGUGCUUGGAUGUUGGAGUAUCUUCUAGCUGUGCCCCAAGUGAUGAAGGAAGCAAGGAUGAGGUCCAGCUCAGCAAAGAACUGGUACAACAGCAUGUGUUGCCAGAAAGGACAGCACCUCUGAAACCAACAGCUGCUCAUCAACUGUUAGAUCACACCCAAGAACGUAGUGCUGCUGCACAGACAAGAUCCAGAUGUCCUCAGAUCAAACCAACUCAACUGCAUUGUGGCACAGAGACUACGGAUAUUUCUGAUGUGGCUGAGAGAACAGAGUGCCCGAGUCCAGAACCUCAGACCAGAAUCCUGGACUCUUCUGGAGAGAUGGAGACAACAGAUUCUCUUGAAGCGACGUCUGAUUCUUUGGCAUUGGCAUUGGAAGAAUUUUACAUCUCCAUUGCCCAUUCCCAGCAGUUAGCAGAACCAAGCCAAAUUGACCUGGAUGUGAACCAGUUGCCUGCCUGCAGUCCCCAACCUCUUCCAUCAGCAUCUCCCUUGCAGCUGGAAAAAUGCUAUGGAGACACUCAUUCAGAGAAGAAAGUAGAAGAUGUCUGCAGUUCUCAAGUUGCCUUGCGCACCACCAGCCACUGUCCUGACCAACGAGAGAGAGGUCACAACGCCUUAGUUUUCACUGCUGAGCUUCAAAGUUCUUCAACAUUCUGUGUCCCUUGUAGCCCUACAGUAGCCUUGGGAGCCUCUGCACGUUUAGCCACAUCUGGUGGUUAUUUCUCCUUUAGUCUGAGGAAGAUGAAGAUCUGAGGAAAGCCAAGGAGUGGCUGGAUGGCUUUCAGAAGACUCACUGGUCAAAGUCCUGUCUCAUUUGAGGCAGCCUUUUAACUGCUUACAACCCAGUUUCAAUUUGGACUAACCAUUGUGAUGAGUAUUAUGUGGAAGUAUGUUCUCUCUGUUUGUAUAUUCUGUUCUUGACUUUUCUAUUAAUAUAACGGUUUCAAAAAUAAUCAUUAAGCUGUCUUAUUUGCAUCAAAGUUUCCAAGUAGUGGUUAGUAAGGUAUUGGUUAUUGAUGGAAGUUCCUCAAACAAGCAAAAAACCCCUCUGGUCUAGAAAGUCUUGUAUGCCUGGGGAAAAGGCUCCUUCUGCUGGAGUAUUUCUGCUCUCACUCCCAUGUCUGAAAAUGACUUGAUGGCUAGACGACUAACUUAACACAAGAUAGAGCCAAAAUGCUGCAGAGUAGUAGAAAGAAACCUGUAGUUUCUACAACACAAGAAACAUACUCUUUUGCAUAUUCUCAGUUUGGAUCAGGAGGACAUGAACAACUGGGAAUACCAACGCCCCGCCCCUGGAAUGACAGGAUUCUGUCCGCUGCCUGUGUCGAGAAAGAAGGCCUUGGGCUUGAGUUAUUGCUAGCCUUUGUAGUGACUCUGUCCUUUUGAUAAAGAGGGAGAGAAGCAGUAAAAUAAUGUCCUGUCUUUCUCCCAUGCUUGACCUCAAUCUAAUUAGCUUAGCUUUGAGGGAGCUCAGCACCUCUCCUGAGUACAGUCGCAGAGGCAAACAACUCUGGGGCUUUUCAUAAAGGAUGGCUGGUACACACAUGUGACUCAGUUGAAGUUCAGAAAGUUUCAAACUGCAUCCCUUUCACCCCGGGAGUCCAUGUGCAGGAAUUCCUUCAAUAUGAUGGGCAGCAUCUUGGAGGGCCUUGAGUAAUUCUACCAGGCCCCAGGUUUCCUUAGACCAUUGGGUUCUGUAGGUGGGUAAACUCACCCAGAGCUUUUUGCUUUGGUUAGGGGCCUAAUUGUCUUUAAAAGAAUAAAGAUGGCUGCUCAUAGAUUUAAGCUUAAUUAGAGCCGAGAGAUGCAUUUCUACCCACGGCUUUCUAACACUGGGGCUUGUGCUCCUCCCAGUGACCUAAGAAGAGGUGCCACUAUAGUUGCCAACAUCACUGGGAAGUAUAUAGAAGGCAAGGUUCAAGAGAUUUCUAGCUUUUCCAUGGGUCUUUGCAAUGAAUCUCACCCAGCCGAUCGGGUGGGAUUUUGGCCCAUGAGUUAACAGUCAAGCCAGAUCCCUAUUGGGUCUGUGAAGUUGCAGCACUUGCUAGUCAUGUUGAUCUCUAAUUAAGCACUUGACGAGAAUGGAUGUCCUCUCUGGGGAAGGAGAGGGGAGAUAACACCUGGCUGGCUAGUAGGUUGUGAUCCAGAGGUUUCAGAGGGGUGAAUCUGUAGGUUGUUAUCCUAAAGAAAGAGUGAGAGAAGUUCACUCAAAGGUGAAAAAUCCUAAUUUUUAGCUCUUUCUCAACACUUUUUUUUUUUUUUUGAAAAACCAUGAAAAGCUAUUUGUAUUUUCAGCUCUUUCCUCAACUAGAACUCUGGGACAAGAGUUCUAGCAAUCCUGUUUUCUCAGAAGUUUUCCUUUUUGCCCACAUGGGGACCCAAUGUGCCAUCAUGGACCCAAUUCAGGGAUCCCCAGGGCCUCCACAACAUGGUGUAUACAAAUAAAUAUGAUGCACAGCUUUUUUUUUAAAGUGGACAAUCCACCUGGUCUAUAGCGAGGGGCCAGACUGAGAGCAGAUCCAGAGAUUGACUUGGGUGGUGGUAGUGGUGGUGUCUGCAGUCUAAGUUUCAAAACCAGGCUCAGACUACAAGUGAAGAAUCUUCCGUGAGUAGUCAGAAUCAUGCCUCUCUUCAUCCUCUUUCUACAUUUUGUUUGUGAUUGCAGUCCUUAACCUUCUGUAUGUAUCUGCAACUGAAUAAUGAAAGGAGUGUGUGGGGGAAAUAUAUAUAUAAAACAUUUUCCUCCUUAAACCUGUGUGUGUGUGUUGGUGGCCGUGGAGUUAUUUGAGUGUUUCAGUAGAGGCUGUUGGGGUGAGCUAGACUCUAGUUCUAGUGAAUGAGGGUAUGUGGGAAAUGAAACACUGCCUGUCUAAAGUGCUGUACCUUUUCCUUCAACUUAGCAGGUACAUUUGUUGAUGCGAUGCUUAGAAAGAAAGCUCUGCAAGUUAAACAUGUUGUUAAGUUGGCCCAGAGCAGUGCUGCAGCAAUUUUAAGACUCCAUCAUGCCCAGGGAGGAAGUUUCUUCCCUGUGGCCAUUAAAUUAUUAUCUGAUAAACCAUUAGCACACUCUUACAUGGAGCACAACUGGGCCCAUAUUCUAAUUUUGGCCUGCUUGAAAGAGUUCAAGGAUUCCUCAUAGUUCGUUUUAUCACCCCUAUAUGUGUCGCAAAUACUGUAUUGAGAGUGGAUGUAGGUAUGAUUAGAGUUGAAGCCAGAGUUUGGAUGGCCACUAUUUUCUUCUGGCUUAGGCUCAAUCUUAUCCUUGUAGGACUGACACCUUUAAUUAUGUUGUAUAAUUUUCAGUCUGCUUGGCAAAAGGGGAUAUACAACGCAAAUAGCUCUCUUAUGACCUCUCUCCUGAUUUUUCUACUCUCUGGGCCAUGAAAAGUCUAAAGAAUGUAAUCCAACAGCAUAUAUUGGAUACUGAACUGCAGAGUGAUUUAAGUUUGCUGCCUAGUUCCUGUAGGUGGCUGAGAGAACUUUCUAGACCUGUACCAGCAUCCUAGCCAUCAAUUCUCAUCUACCCAAAACAUCGCCGGGCUUUUUCUAGGGCUCGUCUUAAUGCCCUUCCCUCAGCAUUAUUAGAAGGCAGAUUCCAGUAUUGCAAUGCCAAUGUCCUCGUGGCUCUGGUGAGAUUGUCAACAAUGCAUGUUGGUCUCCGAUGUUGCUUUUAUUGUGAUCUUGAGGCUAGACUUGAUUUAACCAAUAUUAUUGAAAUUUCCAGGUCACCUGGAUGACUUUCCUGUUAGUUUUUCUUUAGAUGAUAGACACUUCUCUCUGAUUUAAAGAAGCUAAAUUCUGCUUUUUAGCUUCUAGGGAUCGUUGUUUUCUUGUAGCUUCCACUUAGACAAUAUUGGUCAGAAAUGUACAAAUUCCUUGUGUAUCUGUAAGUGUGUCAUCUUCUUUUCUGUUCUGUUGCUGGUCAUAGACCGUAAUAAAGAUCUGACUGACUGAUUCAA